AUGAAGAAAAAUUUAAGGAAGAGCUCAAAACUUCUUUCCCGAACCAUUACAAAUAUCGAUAAAAGACGGAAAAUCGCGGUCAAACAACUACAGACGCAGGCCUUAGUCAUCUCUUCCGAAGAAUAUGUUGAACGUUCACAAGGAGCUCGUUCCAUUAUUGCACGUGGUCUCUUACCAAAUGAAGACAGCCAAGCUCCACACGAUGUCCAGAAUGAUAAUCCCGAAAGUACUAGUGACGAGGAAGGUAAUAUAUCUCCAUGCGAGUUAGCAAGUAUUAGGAAAGCAGAGCGCCAUCUGUUAUUAUAUAAAAAGACUACUGAUGAUAAAAAUUACAUUGACGAUGAAGUUGAUGAGGAUAACAAGGGUACUGAUGAUGAAAAUUACACUGACGAUGAAGUUGAUGAAGAUAAAAAUAGUUCUGAUGAUGAGGUUUACAGAGACAAUAUAGUUGAUGAGGAUAGCAAGAAAAAGAUUAGUGAAAUUCCUCUGCAAGAAAAGCAAAGGAAAGAAAUAAAUGAUAACUUUAAUUCGAUGGUUAAAGAUAAAAUGUGGAAAUUGUCAUCUGGCCGUUAUGUGGAAAAGGAAUUAUACGAGUUAGGAAAGAAGCUAGACUACGAGCA